UACCGGCUCAUCGCGACCGUCCGCCAGUUCAUUCCUUCCCCGUAUUUUCGAUUCGUCGGAUCCAGCAUCACGACACGGGAUUCUUCCUCUUCAUCGUCAUCGUCCAAUCGAGGGCCCUUCUCGUACCUCGUCCCUAGGUAAGUCCUGAGCAGCGGAAGAGGAGGAUCGUCCGUUUCGUCGUAUCUUCGAGGAACGCUGCUUCUUCAGUCCAGGAAUAUGAGGGCCAUUUACUUGCUUCUCCUCGGCGUUGUCGCCGUGAGUGCCCAGCGUCGUUUAUCCUUGCCCGACCCGCGAAGUUGCGCGAACCGCGUUCGUCACUCAACGUACAGGGAUGGCAGGGGGGUCGUACACUCAUACUUCUUCAGCUGGGAACAUGGUCCGACCAGGAAUCUAGAAGUGGACUGGCUGGACGCUCGCAACAUCUGCCGUCGUCAUUGCAUGGACGCCGUGUCCCUGGAGACUCCUCAGGAGAAUGAAUUUGUCAAGCAGAGACUAGCGAGAGGAAACGUGAGGUACAUUUGGACGUCGGGCCGCAAAUGCAACUUUAACGGCUGCGACCGACCAGAUCUUCAGCCUCAGAACAUCAACGGAUGGUUCUGGUCUGGUUCUGGCGCCAAGAUUGGACCAACGACCCAGCGUAACUCCGGAGACUGGAGCAAUACUGGAGGAUACGGUCAACCGCAACCAGACAACCGCGAAGCUGCACAGGGUAACGACGAGUCCUGCUUGUCCAUAUUGAACAACUUUUACAACGACGGCAUCAAGUGGCACGACGUGGCCUGCCAUCACAUAAAGCCCUUCGUGUGCGAGGACAGCGACGAGCUCCUCAACUUCGUCGCGUCCCGAAAUCCAGGAAUCCGUCUAUGAAAGACUACUGCGGACGGACCCGGGCGAGCGGACCAUCAUCGUACAUUAAGUGCGAUAACUUAAACGCGACGGUAUUUCACGCGCACCCACGCGUAUUCUCCCCUUCGUCAUACGUUUAUUAUUUAUAAUUUACACUAACCGAUAAUCUCUCUCUAACGGAUUGCGACUGUAGUGCUGCGUAAUUCACCAAGCGAAAAAAAAAAACCGAUUGGUAGUUCGAAGUAGGCGGUAAAUGCAUUUAGUAUUAUAUACGCGUAAAUUUUUUGUAAUUUUCUUUUGUACCCUUUUCGUACGUAAAUAAAUGCAUUUUCUCAUUUGUA